AUGGCCAUACACAGGUCCGCGUCCGGCCACCACCACGCCUUCUGCAUCACGCGUGGGGACAUGGGGGUGGACCUAAUCUACGACCCGGCCGGCACCAAGUACCAGACGAGGGAUACGUACGCGCGUAGGGACCUGGGCAGGGGCGAGCACACGAGCACAGUGGUGGACAUGCAGCUGGACGCGGAUAGGGACGAGGAUCCGUUUUUCGACGCGCUCAGGGACCCGAUCCCGCACGAGAGCCGGGAUACGGGGAGGGAUCUGGACAUGAUCGCGAAGAUCCUUAAGGACACGAACAUAAGCGUGUUCCCGAACGAGGAUAGGGCCAUCGACACGAACUUGGACGAGGGCUGGUUCACGGACACAUCCACAACCGGCGCAGGAUCGUGA